UCGUUGCCGCGCUGGCUACAGGCGCGUCCUUUGGAUUUUGGAAAAUGGAGGCGUAACAGCUCUCACUACUGUUCAAAUUUUCCCCCCUUUUAAAUUCUUGUUUAUUUUGGUCGGAUCUUGAAACAAGAAGAUUCAGGAGCGAUCAAGCGAGAGAGAUCAGAGAUCAGAGAUCAGAAAUGCUGGGAAGGGUCAGAGCCUCUCCUCUGGAUUGUUCGGACUUGGAGAGGCCUUCUCCCAAGAUUAGCAAGAAUGAUGCUCUCUCCAUUUACGAGGCGACGCUCGAGAAGCUAAGACUUGGUUCUAGGCGUGCUCUAGGCUCAUCUUCAAUGAAGGCAAUGAAGAUAGAGGCCCCUUCUUCAUCGUCGAUUGCUUCUCCAAGUUUUAGUGAUGUUCAAUCUGAUGAUUGUUCUGCAAUGAUGGCGGAAGCCGUCCCUUGUUCUUCAUCGUCGACUGCUUCACCGAGUUCUGGCGAGGUCCAAUCCAAUUACUGCUCAGAAAAAUUAAUGGAGCAGUAAACCUUCAGUUCUUUCUCAUUUAUGAAAAGUGAGAUGGGAUUGGAUUCAUGACAUCGAUGUUGCAUCCUUUAGUCCCAACUUCCUGCAGCUGAGGCGGAUGUCUAUGGCUUUACCUGUUGUGGCCUUGCGGGUCUGUUUAUUAAGCAUAAAUAAUCAUUGUCAGUUGCAUUUCUCAGAUGCUUCAGUUGCUAUCUUUGGUUUGAUUUCUAUUUGUAUUUAUUUGAUUUAAUUCUAUUUUUACAAGUGUUUGGUAUAAUUUAUACCA